GGACGGGCUGGCGGGCAGCGCGCUCUCGGCCUCUCCUCCGCGUCCCCGCAUUGCCGUGUGCGCGCUCCUCCGGAGAGGACCUGGAGGAAGCAGGUGGUUUUCUAGAAGAUGACCAUAGAGGACCUUCCAGAUUUUCCAUUAGAAGGAAAUAAUUUGGUUGGAAGAUAUCCAUUUUUAUUCCCAGGUUCUGAAACACCAGUUAUCUUUUCCAUUUCUGCAGCACCAAUGCCUUCAGACUGCGAGUUUUCUUUCUUUGAUCCUAAUGAUGCCUCAUGCCAGGAAAUUCUCUUUGAUCCCAAAACAUCAGUCUCCGAAUUAUUUGCUGUUUUAAGGCAAUGGGUUCCUCAGGUCCAGCAAAACAUCGACAUUAUUGGAAAUGAGAUUCUGAAAAGAGGCUGUAAUGUGAAUGACAGAGAUGGACUGACAGAUAUGACUCUUUUACAUUAUACCUGCAAGUCUGGAGCACAUGGCAUUGGUGAUGUUGAGACGGCGGUGAAGUUUGCAGCUCAGCUCAUUGAUCUGGGAGCAGAUGUAAGCUUGCGAAGCCGCUGGACAAACAUGAAUGCUUUGCACUAUGCUGCGUAUUUUGAUGUUCCAGAGCUUAUAAGCCUGAUUUUGAAGACAUCAAAACCAAAAGAUGUGGAUGCCACUUGCAGUGACUUUAGCUUUGGGACAGCUUUGCAUAUUGCAUCAUAUAACUUGUGUGCAGGAGCCGUGAAGUGCUUGCUAGAGCAUGGAGCCAACCCUGCAUUCAGGAUUGGUACAUUAAGAUUCUGUGGAACAACUGAAUUUGCAAAUGGCCAGUGGGCUGGCAUUGAGUUGGAUGAGCCAGAAGGCAAAAAUAAUGGAAGUGUUGGAAAAGUCCAGUACUUCAAAUGUGCCCCCAAGUAUGGUAUUUUUGCACCUCUCUCAAAGAUAAGUAAAGCAAAAGACCGAAGGAAGAACAUAACACACACUUCUUCCACAAAAGCUGUGCCUCUUACCAGGUCCCUGAAGGUGGAUGUGGCUCCUGUCGCCGCAAAAGUGAACUCUGGAAUGAUGUCAUCAAAGAAAGAGAACACUUCUGAGUGUGCCCUGACAGGGCCUCCCAGGAGGGAACCCAACGCAGCCACCGAGAAAGAUGUUUCCCUGCAUGGAACCAUGAGCAGCUCCUCCUCCACGUCUUCUUUGGAACAUAAACAGAAUGUCUCCAAGAAAACGAACUCAAGCAACAGUAGCAAGAAGACCACAAGCAAAAGCCCUUCUCUGUCCUCCAGAGCCAGUGCUGGUUUGAAUUCUUCAACAACAUCUGUAGCAAAUAAUCCCCGCCGCGAAGGAGAACUCCACCUUGGAGAUCGAGUGCUGGUGGUAGGCCAGAGAGUUGGUACCGUUAAAUUCUUUGGGACAACAAACUUUGCUCCAGGGUAUUGGUAUGGUAUAGAGCUUGAAAAACCUCAUGGAAAGAACGAUGGUUCAGUUGGAGGUGUGCAGUACUUUAGUUGUUCUCCAAGAUAUGGAAUAUUUGCACCUCCAUCCAGGGUGCAAAGAUUAACGGAUUCCCUGGAUACUCUUUCAGAAAUUUCAAAUAAACAGAAUCAUUCUUACCCUGGGUUUAGGAGAAGUUUCAGCACAACGUCUGCCUCGUCCCAAAAGGAGAUCAACAGGAGAAAUGCUUUUGCCAAGUCGCGGACGGCUCUGCGGCGCAGCUGGAGCAGCGCCACCGCGUCGGGCGGGCUGGAGGGCGGCGUGAAGCUGCAGGAGGGCGCGCAGGUCCUGCUCACCAGCUCCAAUGAGAUGGCCACCGUUAGGUACCUGGGCCCCACCGACUUCGCCGCAGGCAUCUGGCUGGGACUGGAGCUCCGGAGCGCCAAAGGGAAAAACGAUGGCGCCGUGGGUGACAAACGCUACUUCACUUGCAAACCAAACCACGGAGUCCUCGUGAGGCCCAGCAGGGUGACCUACCGAGGGAUUAAUGGGUCAAAGCUGGUGGAUGAGAACUGCUGACUUAGAGUUCUAGAGAGUUUGAUGACAGUGUGUGUGAGUGUGUACACACACACACAUAUAUAUACACAUGCACAUACAUACAUAUGCACACACA